AUGAGCGACCUUCACCAUUAUGGUGCUCCGCCAGCAUAUGGUGCCCCUCUGCCCUCAUCCGCCGACCAGGCUUUGUCUAUAAACAUCGAUCCUUCCACUCCUCAACAACCCUCCAGUGCAUCCAAUCUCCAGUCCAAUCCCAUUCCUGGCACUCUACAGCCCGGUCUGGUCAACAGACCUGCUCCUGCGCCCUUGGGCGCUAGCAGUGCUGCUCCCAGCCUACCUACUCUUCCUCAAAUCUCUACUCAGCUGAGCCUGCAACAGCCUCCACUCUCCGCAAGACCUUCUACCAUGAAUCAUUCCCACAGCUAUUCCCGCUCCAGCCCUGGCGUAAUGGAUCAGCCAAAGUACAAACCAUUCACAAAUCAUACCCCCGAGCAAGGUAAAUAUAGUGCCACCUCCAGCAGCUAUAUUCCCAGUACUCCUCUUGGUCCUUCAUCCUACUCCCCCCUUGCCCUGGCCGACGUGCGCCUUAGAGACAACAACUUCUCGGAUAUUCCCUUCAGUCCUAAUGUGACUCAAGAGAGCGACAUGGGCCAAUACCCUCGAAAUAGUAAUUACACAGCUCCUUGGCCGAUAUAUGCGGUUGACUGGUGCAAAUGGCCUCCGCGCUCCAACAACAGCCCUGCUGGCAAAAUUGCCAUGGGAAGUUACUUGGAGGACAAUCAUAAUUAUAUUCAGAUACUAGAUGCACAACGGACCCAAAUCGAUCCAGAAAACCCUCAUGGCGAGCGUGGGCUGGAAUUCAUCAAAACUGCCGAAGCCACACACGCAUACCCUGUGACAAGAAUCUUGUGGGAACCACCCUCCUCCAAUAAACAGACUACCGAUCUGCUCGCGACUUCUGGUGAUCAUCUGCGGCUGUGGUCUUUACCCAAUGACCAACAUCAAUAUCAAUCCAAUACUCUGUCUCGCUCAAAUAGCACAAAAAGCCCUCCUUUACAAAAACUCUCCCCUCUGGCUCUCCUCUCCAAUUCAAAAUCUCCUGAACACACAGCACCUAUCACUUCUUUGGACUGGAAUGUUGUCCAGCCUUCUUUAAUCAUCACCUCCUCUAUUGAUACCACCUGUACCAUCUGGGAUAUUCCCACUCUCACCGCAAAGACCCAACUGAUCGCACACGACAAGGAGGUUUAUGAUGUUCGCUUCUGCGCCAACAGCGUUGACGUUUUCGUGUCUUGUGGUGCGGAUGGGAGUGUGAGAAUGUUUGACCUCAGAAGCCUGGAACACAGUACCAUCAUAUAUGAACCUUCCGAGAAGCAACAAAACAAGGAUGAUUCUUUAUCCUCUUCACCAACUCGAGCACCCUCAGGACUUCCCUUCCCACCUCCCCUACUCCGUAUAGCUGCUUCUCCCCAUGACGCACAUCUACUUGCCACGUUCAGUCAGGACUCUUCUGUAAUUCGUGUUCUGGAUGUCCGGCAACCCGGCCAAGCCUUACUCGAACUAAAGGGCCAUGGAGCUUCUGUGAACUGUAUAGACUGGAGCAAUUCCCAACGUGGUCUUCUCGCUUCCGGCGCUGAUGAUUGCUGUGUCUUGCUGUGGGAUCUUAUGGGUUCAAGUGCGAGUGGAAUUGGUAAUCAAACGACCGGUGCUCCUGCUCCCGUGGCUGGUGCUGUGGCUGGGCAGCCCGGUGGUACUGGUCAGGAACGAGGUCCUAGUGCUGUAUGGGAGUGCGCUUUUGAGGUGGCCAAUUUAAGCUGGGCCCCUGGUAUGGGAACGCUAGGUGUAUGUGGUGGAAAGGGACUUUGGGGUGUGCAAUUAUGA